AAGCCCUCUCCAGCCACCAAACACGCCGGCCUCCCAAAGACACCAUAGCCGGCGACUCUGAGACCACCAUUUUUAGCUUUUCCGUCAUCAUAAUGUUUCAAUGACACGUCACUAGAGAACCUUCAGGCUUGUUUAGUUGUUUUUGUUCCCACAGUUGAUUGAUAAACCCUGAAAAUGGUCUCUCUCAGCAGAGCCUCUAAAACCCUGAAAUCCAAAUACGCUCAAUUUUCUCAUUUUAUAUUCAUAGGCAGGGCCAACAACGGCACAGCCCCAGUAGCCAAUAGUUGUAAUAGUAGAUUGGUUUCACCCUAUUGCCAGUUGGGUUGGGGUCAAAAUGCCUUCUUUUGCUCACAUUCUUGUCGACAUAGCAUCAAAGACGGUUCAAGCAUAGAUUUAAGUCAAUACCCUUGUGAUAAAAUUCGUAACUUCUCAAUUAUUGCCCACGUUGAUCAUGGGAAGUCCACUUUAGCUGACCGGCUUUUGGAGCUCACUGGUACCAUUAGAAAAGGACACGGUCAACCUCAGUACCUUGACAAAUUGCAGGUAGAAAGAGAGCGAGGAAUAACUGUUAAGGCGCAGACAGCAACUAUGUUUCAUAAGCACAACUUCUUGGGGAGUGAUACGUACUUUUUACUGAACCUGAUUGAUACGCCUGGGCAUGUGGAUUUCAGCUAUGAAGUUUCGAGAUCUUUGGCAGCUUGCCAGGGUGCCCUUUUAGUGGUUGAUGCAGCACAAGGGGUCCAAGCGCAAACUGUUGCAAACUUUUAUUUAGCUUUUGAAUCCAACUUGGCUAUAAUCCCUGUUAUAAACAAAAUUGAUCAGCCAACUGCUGAUCCAGACCGUGUGAAAGCACAAUUGAAAUCCAUGUUUGAUCUUGAUCCAAGUGACGCACUGUUAACAUCUGCAAAAACAGGACAAGGUUUGGAGAAGGUUCUUCCGGCUGUCAUUGAGCGGAUACCUCCUCCUCCUGGAAAAAGUAAUUCCCCUUUACGUAUGCUCUUGUUAGAUUCUUAUUAUGACGAGUACAAGGGAGUUAUAUGCCACGUAGCAGUUGUUGAUGGUGCUGUAAGAAAGGGCGAUAAGAUUUCAUCUGCUGCAACUGGUCGAUCCUAUGAAAUUUCGGACGUUGGGAUCAUGCAUCCUGAACUCAUCCCUACUGGAGUGCUUUUAACUGGACAAGUUGGAUAUGUAGUCAGUGGCAUGCGAUCAACUAAAGAGGCUCGUGUUGGAGACACUCUUCAUCAUUGUCGAAGCACUGUGGAACCCCUUCCAGGUUUCAAGCCAGCAAAACAUAUGGUAUUUUCUGGCCUAUAUCCUGCUGAUGGAUCUGAUUUUGAAGCACUUAACCAUGCUAUAGAGAGACUGAUGUGCAAUGAUGCCAGUGUUUCUGUUACUAAAGAGACUAGCUCAGCACUUGGCAUGGGUUUUAGGUGUGGUUUCUUGGGGUUACUUCACAUGGAUGUUUUUCACCAGAGGCUUGAACAGGAACAUGAAGCACAUGUCAUUUCAACUGUUCCGACUGUACCAUAUAUUUUCGAGUACUCAGAUGGAAGCAAGUUAAUAGUUCAGAAUCCUGCUACAUUGCCUUCAAAUCCCAAGCAUCGUUUGACAGCUUGCUUGGAACCUACUGUGGUAGCUACGAUAAUUAUCCCUAGUGAGUAUGUCGGGUCUGUUAUAACUCUUUGCUCUGAGCGGCGGGGGGAGCAGCUAGAGUACUCAUUUAUCGAUAGUCAACGUGCUUUUAUGAAAUACCGUUUACCAUUACGAGAAAUUGUUGUGGACUUUUACAACGAAUUGAAGAGUAUAACAUCUGGAUACGCAUCAUUUGAUUAUGAGGAUGCAGGAUACCAGACCUCAGAUUUGGUGAAACUUGAUGUUCUCUUAAAUGGUCAAUCAGUUGAUGCUAUGGCGACUAUUGUCCAUAAAUCAAAGGCACAACGUGUUGGCCGAGAACUUGUGGAGAAGCUGAAGAAAUUCAUUGACAGGCAAAUGUUUGAGAUAACAAUACAAGCUGCCAUUGGAUCAAAGGUCAUUGCCAGAGAAACGCUCUCGGCUAUGAGGAAAAAUGUACUUGCAAAGUGCUAUGGUGGUGAUGUUACCAGAAAGAGGAAAUUGUUGGAGAAGCAGAAAGAAGGGAAGAGGAGAAUGAAGCGUGUUGGCUCUGUUGAUAUACCUCAAGAGGCUUUUCAUGAGCUAUUGAAGAGUUCAUGAAGAUAGGAGAGCUCUUUGCUCAUCGUUCAUGCCCAUACUCCAUGAAGAGAUUUUUGUCUAGUAUUGAGUUUUCCUGAACAGUUCGCUUGGUAAUUAAACCAUCGUUAUGAGUUUCGGAUUAUCUUUGUGGCAUCGUUGAAUCAACCAAGGCAGCCUUCCUGAAAAAGGGGGAAAAAAAAUUAAGGUAGCCGAAUUACUUGCUGGUUUGGAUCAAUUGACGGAGUCCAAAUUGUAUGCUGGGUUCUCUUUUGCGUAUUUGGUCGAGCAUCGGAAAGACCGGCAAUAACGUUGACGUCGUAGUUCGGUUCCUUUGGACUUCUUCUUUUUUUUUUUUUUUAAAUAUAUAGCGUAUCUUCAAUAGAUUGUCCUUU